AUGGAUUUGCGCGUGCGCUUGCUGAACGGCGCGGUGCAGCCCGUGCGCGUGCCACGUGGCAUCACCAUCCACAAGCUGCGCGCUGAGCUGCAAACCCGCGGGCUCAUCCCCCCCAACCUCCCCGCGCGGGACGUGCGCCUUAUCCACGUCCCUUUCUCCGCGGCCCCCCCGGCGGCUGGCCGUUCGGGAGAAGCCGCGGGGGCAUCGGCGGAAGAGAGGCGGACGAGCGGGAAGGAGGUGGCGGAAGCGAGUGGUUUCCUGGGGGGGGGUGGGGAAAGUCGGCCUAAGCCAUCCCCCCCCCUUUCUCCUCCGUCGUGUGCCAUUCGCCUUCUCCCCCCUUCCCUCCACCCCACCUCUUCCCCCUCCCUUCCCCCCCCAUACCCUCCCCUCCCCCUCUUCCCCCUCCCCCCCUCCCGUCCCUCCCCGCGGUAUGCAGACACUCUCGUUAUCACCCGCAUCCGGGCCCCAACACCAUGCCAGCUGGCAGCUCCUGAUUCGUCCGCAGAGACAGCAGCAGCAGCAGCAGCAGCAGGAGGAGAGGUGAUUCCAACGACGGAGAGCAUAGACCGGGCCAUUGAAGCAGAUCCUCCUGCUAGUUCCCCAUUUGGCACCCCUUUCUGGCCUCCAUUUCCCCCCUUUUCCAUCUCGCCCCUCCAUCUCGCCCCUCCAUGUCCACGCUCCCCGGCCCAGCAGCAGCGUGUUCUCGUGGUGGCAGAUCCGCAGCGGGUGCGCGUGGUGGCAGAUCCGGUGCUGGUGGAUCGCCUGGCAGAGAUGGGAUUCCCGCGCCUCAUGGCCCGCCAUGCCCUGCAGCUGCACCGCAACCGAGUGGCAGCAGCGAUAGAGUGGCUGAUAGAAAACCCAGACGCGGAGGAGCAGGCGCUGCAGGCAGAAUCCGCCGCUGCUGCUGAUGCACUUGCUGCACCUGCUGGGCCGGGGGGACGGGGAGCUGACGCUGGUGCUACUGGUGCUGCUGACAGUGGUGCUGCUGGUGGUGCUGCUGGUGCUGGUGGUGAGGGUGCUGGGGUAGCAUCCGGGGAUAGCGAAGAAGGCUUGCUUGCUGUCGGAUCAGGAGAGGCAGCCGAAAUGGAUCCACCUUCUUCCUCUGCAGCAGUGGCAGCAAGUGGAGGGAUGAUGGGCUCAGGGGUGAGUGGCGAGGCGGGAGUAGCAGCAGCAGCAGCAGGAGCAGCAGGAGCAGGAGCAGCUCCAGGGGCAGCAGCAGGAGGGGAUGUACCCAUGGCUGUUGCAGCAGCAGCAGCAGAAGCAGCAGCAGUGCAAGGGGGGGUGCGUGCAGGGACAGGGGAGGCAUCUGCGUUAGGGGGCACUCAGGCGCCGUUACAGGGGGACCUGCCUGCGGAGUUGAGAGAGGCAUGGGCUCAGAUUGCAGGCAUGCAUGAUGAGCGGUCGGUGCGUGCAUGGAACCGAAUGAUGGCUCUCCAGACUAUCAUGGGCGCGUCCUCCUCUACCUCUCCUUCUCACCUCUCCUCCUCUUCCUCGCUGCCUCUGCACGAAGCAAGGGACCCCUUUGGGGGUGAUGUGGAGGGUGGGGAGGGAGGGGAGGAGGAGGCGAUGGAUGUUGAAGGGGCUGCUUUGUGGGCCAUGGCCAAUGAGAUGCUUCGCCACGGGCUGACUAAUCCGCGGGUUCGGCAGGCAAUCAGUGACAUGCAGGACAACCCGCAUGCCAUUUACACAUUUCUCAACGAUGCAGAGGUUGGGCCAAUUUUGGAAAGUUUUGUCCGAGCUGCUGGUGCGGGCGGCAUGUCGCCUCCUUGA